ACCAUUUCAAGCAUGCAAUCCUACCUUCACCACUGGUGACCGUAGUCAAACGCUAGUUUAUUGAUCAAUCUGAGAGCAACCAUCCCAUUUUCUUAGUCCAGCGUAUACUCUUUCAGCCUCCCAUGCCACAUCGUGUUUAGUCACAUACACAAUACAUAUAGACACGCACAUAUCACAUUCAUAUCAAAUUUCUCAACAGAGAGAGAGAGAGAGAGAGAGAGGAUGGCAGGAGGAGCGAACGAACCGACGUUGGAGUUCACGCCAACGUGGGUGCUCGCCGUUGUUUGCACCGUGAUAGUCGUCAUUUCUCUGGCUGUUGAGCGGUUUCUCCAUUAUGCCGGCAAGUAUCUCAAGAAGAGGAACCAGAAACCGCUCUUUGACGCCUUACAGAAAAUCAAAGAAGAGCUAAUGCUGUUGGGUUUCAUAUCGCUCCUGCUCGCUGUGUUCCAAGACAGUAUAGGCAAGAUUUGCAUUUCGGAAGAGCUCGCGGAUAAGUGGCUACCUUGCAAGAAGAGAGCCGCCCACAAGCACAGCAGCACCACUGCUCAUUUCCUGACUAAUUUCUUCCCUCCUGGAGGACGCCGCCAUCUCACCGAAGAUUCAGCGGCUUCCUCUGACUACGGCAGUGGCAAGGGGAAGGUGGGGAAGGUGCCGUUGUUGUCUCUCACGGCGCUUCAUCAUCUGCACAUUUUCAUCUUCGUGCUGGCCGCUGUGCACGUGGUUUUCUGCGCGUUAACGAUCCUAUGCGGGGGAGCACAGAUACGCCUAUGGAAGCGAUGGGAGGAUGCCAUUCAGAAGGAGGAGUUUGACUCCGAAGAGGCUUUGCGAACAAAGUUCACAAAUGUUCAGGAGCACACCUUCAUCAGAGGACGUUUUCUUGGCAUUGGCAAGAACUUAUCUAUACUCAGCUGGGUGCAUUCCUUUAUCAAGCAGUUUUAUGGUUGUGUGACCAGGUCGGAUUAUACCACGCUUCGGUUUGGUUUUAUCAUGGCUCACUGUAGAGGCAAUCCGAAAUUCAAUUUCCACAAGUACAUGAUACGCGCUCUGGAGGCCGAUUUCAAGAAAGUUGUGGGAAUAAGUUGGUAUCUUUGGCUAUUCGUUGUGGUCUUCUUGCUGCUCAAUGUUGCCGGUUGGCACGCGUACUUCUGGAUAUCUUUCAUCCCGUUGACUCUUUUGCUGGCGGUCGGAACCAAACUGGAGCAUGUGAUAACUCGGUUGGCCCAGGACGUUGCCCAGAGGCAUAUAGCGGUUGCAGGGGACUUAGUUGUUAAGCCUUCUGAUGACCAUUUCUGGUUCCACCGGCCUCGGCUCAUUCUCAUCCUGAUUCACAUCAUUCUGUUCCAAAACUCCUUUGAACUGGCUUUCUUGCUCUUCAUAUGGAUCCGAUAUAAAUUCAAGUCCUGCCUAAUGCACGAGGUCGAUUUUAUCGUCCCAAGACUUGUCAUUGGAGUGUUUGUCCAGCUCCUUUGUAGUUACAGCACACUACCUCUAUACGCAAUUGUAACACAGAUGGGGACUUCGUUCAAGAAGGCAAUAUUUGACGAACACAUACAACAGGGGCUCGUUGGCUGGGCCCAGCAGGCGAAAAAGAACAAUAAUUUAAGAAAACCAGCCACUGAUGGGUCUAGUGUUCAAACGGGUUCAAAACAGGGAUUGGUUGGAGUUGAGCUGACCAAAAAUGGCGGAGAUCUUACUGCGACGGGAGAUGUGGAAGCGCAGGAAAUCAAGCAAUCUUCAUCUCCAACCUCCUCCAAGAUGCAGACACUGGCGAAGACAUGGAGUUAGUUCUUAAUUAACAUACCGUUCACAAACAAUCGAUUAAGAAGAGCAAGACUGUUCUGAACAGUACAUCAUCAUCUGUAUGAGUACAGUUAUGCUUUUCCUGUGUCAAUUCCUCAUCAGUCAGCAUAGCGAGAUUCUAUU